AUCUCACUCUUUCUUUAUUUAAAAAAGUAGGAGUUAUUCAUCAUGUGUAGAUAGGAGUAAUUCAGCAUUUUCCUUAUUAAAAGAAAGUGUACUGGAAUUUUCCGCCUUGCUUUAUUUUAAUACGUUUGCUUUUAAAUAAUUAAAUAUUAAAAUUAAAAAUAAAUCAUAAUGAAAGUGUUGAGAUUGUCCACACAUCCAGCCUCUGUGGCUUACUCCAUGACUACACUCGGAGCCAGCAUGAUGAACAGGAUUUUUGGUUUUUAUUAUGUGAAACUGUUCCUGAACAAGUACAAAAUAUCAGAAGGAGCUUUCCACAGGUCCCAGGUGGUGUAUAUGAUCUGGAAUGCAGUGAAUGACCCGCUCUUUGGCUACCUGCAGGACAACUGCCGCAUUCCCUGCUGCUCUCAGCGAAGGCUCUCCAUCCUGUAUGGCGCUCCGUUCUACAGCCUGGCCUUCCUGCUUGCCUGGUUCCCCUGGCGGUCAUAUGAGGCGGGGGACUGGCUGAGCGGUGUGCACCUGGUCAUCACGCUGUGCGCCUUUGACAGCAUGCUGACCUUCGUGCUCCUGGCCCAGUGCGCCCUCUUUACAGAGAUCUCAGAGAACCACCAGAUCCGCCUGAGGCUUAUCAAGUACAGCCAGGUGGCAUCUCUCAUCGGUUCCUCCAGUGUGCUCUUCUGCAGCCUCGUCUCCCACAACAUGGACAACUUCUUUGCCUUCCAGGUGUUCUGCAUGUUUGUGGCGGUGCUGGGAUGCGCCUGCAUGGUCUACACGGGCAUCCACAGUGAGAGCCGCUUCGACGCGAAGGUCGCGGAGGCGAGCUUGCAUCAGCCUCCUCUGUCGCUCUCCGCCGUGGUUACCAUGACAUGGCAGAUCCUCACCAACCGCGACUUCCAGCUGUUUGUCGUCAUGAACUUUUUCCAGGUCUUUCUCUUGGCCUUCUUUCACAACUUUGCCAUGAUCUUCUCCGAGCACCUCAUCCCUGCGAACGCCCUGCCAUCGCUGGCGAAGAGCUUCAUGUACGGUGCUGGAUUUAUCUGUCCUCAGUUAGUGGUGUUCUGCAGUCAAAAUCUGCACCGUGUGAUGGGGUAUUACCGCAUCAUCCUCACCACGUUUGUUUUGGAAGCUGGAGCUGCCUUGGUGAUGCUGCUGCUCGGGCCGGGACACUACUACUGCCUCGCUGUGUUCAUCACUGUUAACAUGAUUUUGCUCCAGUCGGCUGUCAGCCUCUUUAACCUGCCGCUGGCUGAUAUCAUCGACUUGGACCUGCAGAAAUACAAGCGCAGCUCCCCGCUUUCAUCAAUGGUUUUCGGGACCAACGCUCUCUUCACCAAACCUGCCCAGUCUUUAGCGCCCAUGUUGGUGGUCUUCAUUUUAAACCAGUACGGCUAUGAGGAAAUGAAGAAUGCCUAUGAGGAAAUGAAGGACAGCUACGUUAUAGAUCAGAGUGUACUGGAAACGCUCCACAGCACCAUGUUCUACCUGGUCUGCUUGGUGCCGUUGUGCAUCGCCACUCUGCAGUUUGUCUUCUGGAAGCCGUUCUCAAUCAGAGACAGUCACACAACUGACUCAAAGUACGUAGAGGGAUGAUUUCAUGGAGACUAG